AUGUCAUCUCAAAUCACUUCAUAUUUAACAAAAUAUCAAAAUAAAUCUUUUUGGGGCUUUUUACUCCGUUGUCGAGACGCGGUUGUUGCUACUACUUCACCUACUUCUCGUUGGGAGGAUCUCGAUCACACCUGGGCUGUUAGAUUCAUAUUAGAAGCAGGAAAGUUAGGAGAAGAUUUAGAAGAAAAGAUCAAUUCGGAACGGCGACGCUAUAAUUUCGAGGAGUAUUGGAACGAUAUAAUCCUGGGAUGUAAAAUAAAACGAGACAUCCUGAACAUUAAAGCAGAAAUAGAACAUAUUCAGUCCAUGCUAUCUGAUGCCAAUGACAAAUUAAAAAUGAAGGAAGACGAAUUCGCUGGAAAUUCAAGUAAAUGGAAAGAGGGUUCAGUCAACGAAAAUAAUUUUUUAGAUGGUGGUGAUGUUUUGGAUGGCGGCGAUAUUUUGGAUGGUGGUGAUAUUUUGGAUGACGGCGAUAUUUUGGAUGGCGACAUUUUGGAUGGCGACGACAUUUUGGAUGGCGGUGAUAAUUAUGGUGAUGCACCUACCAUAUCCCGCGAACGUAACCCCCGUAAUAAGGAGAGAAAAGAUUACAACAUAGAGUUUUUAUCAAAAAAAUCUGCUUUACCAUCACCAUCAUCGUCUUCCUCUUCAGCUACUCGGGGAAGCAGAAAAAGAAAAGGAGUCAUCUGUUCAGGAAGUUGUCCUAAACACU